AUGGCGUUCCUGGCGAUCGCCUGGGCCGCGAUUCUGCUCAUUCCAUUGAUUCAGUGCUGCAAGUCGCGACCCAAAGCCGAGAAGGGCAAAACAUUGGCCUAUCAGACACCCAAGGGUCCCAUUAAGGUAGGAAAUUCCAGAAUCAAAAUAUUAUUUUUCGGGAAAAAGGGUUUUUCGACAGCAAAAUGUUUAAAAAAUGUUUUAUUUCGAGCUAUCUGUCAAGGUUUGGAGUUAAAAAAACAGAGAGAAUUUUUGAAAUCGGGUUUUCGGACUUUUCGCGUAACUUAAGAAGCCAGUGAAUUUUCAAAAUCAACUAAAAAUGGCCAAAAACCUUGAAUUUCCUCUCUGGAACAGCAAAGUCCCUUAAAAAACCCCAAGAAAUCGCUGGUUCCAAAUAAAAAUCUGAAGAAAUUUCCAGCUGAACGAAAAAGUUCGACCCAAGGAAGAUCUGGAAGAUAAAAAGUCCGACGAAAACGUGCCCAAAUUAAAAAUUUCUGAGUGAGUUUUUGGACAAUAUUCCACCUUAUUGAACUUUUUUCCAGUGACGAUGUUUUCAAAAAUCUGAAAAUUAACUUGCCGAAUGACGGUCAGGUUUGAUUCGAAAUUUUUUUUUUCCGCCGAAGAAGAAAUUUUAGAAGUCGUUCUACACGGUAGAAGACGACGCGAAUCCGCUGGCCAAGAUUGGACCCUCGAAGACUCAUUUGUCCCGAGGUUCGGCCCUAGGAUUGAUGGGAAGAAAUUAGAUAUUAGUGGCCACUUAAGAGAUUUCUCGAAGACUACUUGGAGAGGUCACUAAAGUGGACAUUAAAAUCCUCUCAUGUAGUCGAUUUUUUCCGCCGCGAUGCGUGUGCGUCGCGGCUUUCGGCGGGAAAACAGUUAAAUCGAAAUCGUGAAUUUUUAGUAGUCUAGUAGUACCCCUUGGACUUCUAAAGAGAUCACUAAACUUCAGCCACUUUAGUGUAGGGACCACAGACCUAUUUUUAGAACUCAAGCUAGCUUCUCGUUUUUGUUAUAAAUAAAUAAUGAUUUUAACAUGUAGUAUGCGAAAACAGAAAAGAAAAACGAAAAAUAUUAAGAAUAAGAAGAGAAAACAAUAUUUAAAAGUAAUCGAAAAGCAACAUUUUUUGCACUGAAAAUUUGGUUUGCAAAUUCUCAUGCAAUUUGCGCGCACUCUUAUUUGCAAGGGCGGCACGGUUUCAGGAGCCAAAAGAGAAGGUUUUACGAGCUUUAAUUCCACUUCACCAUCCCUUUCGUCUCAGUGACUGCACAAAUACAGCCUACAGUGCUCUUUGAGUCUCAUGGAAAUGUAAUUUCGCCCACUUUUAUUCAUCUUUUUUUGUUGAAAAAAAUUUUUUUCGGCGAUCUUGAAUUUUCGAUUUUAUUACUUUAUUUGUUUGAAAAUUGAAAGCUCUUAUAAAUGAGUAAGAAAAAACGCGUGUCUUCGACCGGCAAAUGUUUCAAAACAACUCGCAAAAAACUCUCCAGCUUUUUUACCACUCAAAACAGUACAUUUGCUUGUACAAGUAUUAUUUGAGCAUUGUUUUUUUCUACCUUUUCUACAUGUAUGCUGAAAUUUUCAUCAUUUUUCAUUGUUGCUAUCGGCUGUAUGAAACAAUCAAAGACGGAAUACCAAAAAAAUGGCCUUUUUUCCAUCGCGAAAAGGGGCGGGGCUUUGCGGUCGCUACUUUAGUGGUCACUUAUUCGACCACUAAAAUGACCCCUAAAACGUCAAAACCCCUAUCGGAAUCCUUUUGUGGGGAUUGUGUUCACUGAUUCAGCAAAAAUGCCAGAAAAUCUUCUUUGAAAAAUGUAAAAUGAUCAAUUUCGUAGCCAUUUGAGCCAUUUGAUGAAAACACGCGCUUUGAAAACUUAAUUUUCUAAAUGGAUUAUGAAAAGGGAUUUUUUUUUUCGAAUUUUAGAAGCUGCCAAAUCGACGGAAAAAAAUAAGCCGAAGCCAACGACAACGCCAACGCCAACGCCAGCGGCAAACGUACCGGAGCAAAAAGUGGGCGGAUUUGCAAUUUUCGAGAAGCUCCAGAGUGGUCUCUAUAGGGGCAACCUUAGGGCCAUUCGAGGGGCCACUUUGCCACCCCUAUAGGAGCCACUUAUGCUUGCAAAGGGCUUUUGGUUAGUGACCACUAUAGGGGACAUGCUCGCUGUUAUGAAGUCUAAUCGAAGUCGCAGAGGAAAAACUGAAUAAAUAAUGAAAUGAAAUUUUUGAAUGAAAUUUAGAGACCCCUAUAGGGUCCACUAGAGCUUUAGGGGCUAAGGGGUCAGACCCUAAACCCCUAUAGGGACCACCUUGACGUUAACCUUAUUUGGACCACUUUUUCGGCCCCAAGUUCUUUUUUUUCAAGUCUCAGGAGGAAGAGCCGAUUUUUCGCGUUUUUUAAGCCUAGUCACCCUUUGAAGCUUCUCAAAAAGGGUUCUUGAACUUCAAAAAUCGGUCAAGAAUCAAUAAAAAGUGAUUUUUUCGUGAUUUCAGGUGGAAUCUCCACAAACGGAGGUUAAAAAAGAUGUGAAUACGGCGGAGGAAGACAAGGAUAAUAGUCCGAAAAAGGGUAGCAACCACAAAACCGGUGGCAUCGACAUGACCCAGGUCAUUUCCCCGUUUUUUCGCUGUCUGUGCUCUCUUUUCCCUCAUAGGAGAGAUUUGCCGAGGGGCGAGAGAGCGCAGAGAAAUUAGACAUAAAAUGGGCUAACAUGAGCAAUAAUUAGCCAAAGUGCGUUGCCGAUAACCUCGAAAAUUAAUUGGUAUGAAAAAAAACUGUAUCAUUUUUUUUUCUCAAAAAAAGUUUUUUUGCUGUAUGCGCUCUCUUUUCCCUCCUGUUCAUCGGUGAGAGCUGCCGAGGGAUGAGAGGGUGCAGAGAAAUCAGACAGUUCCAAGCUCCCAUCAACUUGGAAACACACCUGUGAUUUAUAGCCUUAAAAUGGGCUAACAUGAGCAAUAAUUAACCAAAAUGAGUCAGUCACCAAUAACCUCGAAUAUAAAUUGGUACAAGAAACUGUAUCUUCAUUUUUUUCUCAAAAAACUUUUUUUUCGUUGUCUGCGCUCUCUUUUCCUUUCUGCUCAUAGGAGAGAGUUGCCGAAGGAUGAGAGGGCACAGAGAAACCAGACUGUUCCAAGUUCCAAGCUCCCAUCAACUGGAGAGUGGAAACACACCUGUGAUUGAUAGCCUUAAAAUGGGCUAGCAUGAGCAAUAGUUAAAAUGAGUCACCAAUAACCUCGAAUAUAAAUUGGGUCACCAAUAACCUCGAAUAUAAAUCAGUACAAAAAACUGUAUCUUCAUUUUUUUUUUUCAAAAAAAUUUUUCAGGCCUCCAAAGAAGUGGACGAUGAAGCUAGAACCGCGCAGGAGGUAUUUUUUUUUCUUAUAAAAAGAUUUUUCAAUCAAAAAUUUCAGAAAAAAAGGGGUCCAAAGGGUCGGCGGAUCGUUCAGUGGUUGGAUUUUUGAAUUUGAAAACUUGAGGGCUUUUCUCUUUUUUUUCUUGCUCGAAUCAAACGAUUUGAGAAUUUCUUACAUUUUUUUUUCAGGAACUGAAUCAGUCGGUUCACAUCCAGAACUACUCAGUCAGAAAGAGCAACGAGGUUCGAAAUUUAGAAAAUAUUUGAAGAUUUUCUUUCAGACUAUGAUGUCCACGAGGAAGCCGAUGACGAAAGCGGAUAAGGUAGGUGAAAAAUGUCGGAAAAUUGCCAAGUUUGGAUGGAUAAAUUCCUUUUUUGGAUAAUCCUUGUAGUGGUAAAAAAAUCCCUAGGGUCAAAAAACAGUUGACGGAUGAUUGCUAAAUAAAUUUUUCAUUACAAAAAGCUCGUUUAAGAAAAAAAAAACUAAUUUUAAAGAGCCGCACGGCGUUUUUGUUAGUGGAAGAAAAAAAUUAUGGGGGCCGUUCCCAAGUGACGUCAUCGGAAAUACGCGUAAACAACAGAAAUUAUUAAAGGCGCAUGUUCAAUGGGUCAUGAGACGAAUCUUUUUUUCAUUGAAAAAAACGCCAUUUUUUUUGCUUCUUUUUGUUUUAAAACACUUGCCGUGUUGAAAGUGAUUCCGCGAAAUUUAAAAUAGCCACCAGAGAGUGGAAAAUAUAACAGAAUUUCAAAAGUUCAGAUAUGAUUUCGAAAUUUCUUUUUUGCUUUUUUUUUCCAGUUUCGUAGAGUGGCGGUCCCAUUUUUGAACAGCAAAAAAAAAGCAACUCAAUGUGACGUCAUUGGAAAAACGCGUCAACAACAGGAAAUAUUAAAGGCGCAUUCAAUAGGUCAUAAGACGAAUCUAUUCCUCUUUCAAAAACGCAAUUUUUCUGUUUUUUUUUUCGUUUUAAAACACAUGCCGUGUUGAAUGUAGUUCCGCGAAACUGCGCAAAAAUUACGGUGGCGUGUGCCAGAGCGCCGCAGUGUAUGCACACGACACACUACACUUUACGGAAUUAUGGGCGGGCCGGCGCCAAAAAAAAUGCCGUACGAAUACCACUGAUCCAUUCUAAAAAUGAACUUUUUGACAAAAAUAUGGCACUAAAAAUGCCCAAGGCAAUCUUCAAAAUAACCAAAAUUCUUAAAGAAAGCAUUCAAAAAUUAAAAGACGGCAGCUACUGGAUUUAAAUCGCCGGAAAAUCCAAUUUUUCGGAAUUUUACAAUUACAGAUUAUUCAGUCUUCAGAGUAAGAUGUAGAAGAAAUCUCUGCUGAAUGAUGGUUUAAUCGAAGAGUUAGUCGUCGGCACGGGUUGCGGUCCACAAUCGUUGUCCAUUAAGUCCCGGCAUGACAGCUAGCGUUGGGAAAUAAUGUGGUCCCGUUGGUAGUACCAGCGAAUAGACUGCGUCACCAUGUUGGAACAGUACAGCGCCUAGCUUGUCCAGGCCUGACGGGCGUCGGAAUAUUAUCCCAUGAGAGAGCGGCAAUGAGACCGACCAGUCGACGUGAUGAAAUGAGAUAAUAAUCUUUCGGAAUUUAAACUGGAAUAUCCAUGACCCUUUGUAGACACCCAGAAUAUAGUCUGUUCAAAUUUUUAAUGUCAAGUGCAAUGACGUCAUUCAAAAACACUCUGUGGAUGGCUCGCUCUCUGAUUGGUUUAUCGCACCAUUAGGGUCGGAGCUUGAGCGACGACUUGAUAUUCAAAAUCUGAACAGACUAUAUGCGAAAGUUUUCUGAGAGUUAUAAAUUUUCCCUUCCUUGAUUCUACUUGAAAAGCUGUACGAAAAGGGGAUAUUUUCUCAGAUCAAGUCCAACGAAUCGAAGCGAAAGACCAAGCCUGCCGUUGUACAGGUGCGAUUUCAUCGAAUUUUCGUUCGGAUUUUUCAAAAUUUUUCAGGAAUCGGCACUGGGACCGGAUGGGGAAGCCACGACAGCCCUCGAGAGGAAAACUCCGAGUUUGAAUUUUUUUUUUUUUGACUGAUUCUUGUUAUCAUUUUUUUCGAAUGGCCUUGAAGUUACGUACGGACAUAGAUGAGAACAUUUAUGGACCUCAGAAAGAGCUCCAGCUAUUAAAAUGAUAGAAAAAAGCUUCUAAGCUCCUUUUUGAGUCCUUUGGAAUCGUUUUAGGUUCUUUUCAGUAUUUUAUUUGAAAAAAGUGCAAAAGUGAGAAAAAAGACAUGUUAGGGACCUUCAGAAGGAGCCAUACAAAAAAUUUAAAGCAAGGAUUUUCAAAAAAGUUAUGACCUUUCCUCGUGACAAGUCAAGAAAAAUUGAACUUUUCAGGGAUCUGA